GACGGGCGCCCAGCCGCGGGCUCCCGAGCGGCCAGCGGCACCGCAGGGUCUUCCGGGGGAGGGGCGGGCUCCGCGGCCGGCUCGCUCCGCAGACCGGGCUUGCCCGCAGCUGCUCCGGCCCGCUCCCGCUCCUCUAGCACCCAGCGGCCCCUCCCUUCUUUUAUCCCGUGGACUGUCCUCCCCGGCGUCCGCGCCUGCGCCAUUCCUUGAGCCGCUGGUGCAGGCGCUGUUUGGGGCGUUGCAAGCACAGCCGUGCACACAGUGACCCGAACUCCCUGCCCUCCAGAGCCUAGGAGCCUAGACUUAGGGAGGGAGGGACCGACCGGACGUAACAGACCCGGGACUAGAGUAAUUUACCGUGUCGGGAAGUGGGCGAGGAAAGGUGAAGGCAGGUAAGGCGUCUGGGUUGGAAAGAGCAGGUGGCGACCUUAGUAGGGCACCGAGAGUCGAUCUCGGGAAGAAGCCAGACCAUUUGCCGUGAGGAUUGCCUGAGGUGCAGGGUCAGCUGGUGCAAAGGCCCUAAGCUGGAAGCCAAGGGUCUGUGCGUGAGGCCGGUUGAACGAGAAGACUAGUAGGAGCGGUCCUCAGCCCAUCCGUAGGCGUGUAUGCCCCUGGGAGACCGGCUUUAUUCUGACAGGGAAGAAUCUGGACUGUGGCGGAAGACUGUAAAGAAAGCGGGGUAAAAAGAUGCAGCAGGUGAUGGUGUCACUUGAGAGUCCGGGCCGUCCACGCCAGCUGCCUGGGACCCCUGAUGCUGAGCUCCUGCAGGAAAGAGCCCCGCCGGCGCCGCAGCACCGCGCGUCCGCCCCGGAGGGAGGCCGGGCAGCCCCGCCAGGAGCGAAGAGCGCGGGGGCACCGGCUCUCGUUCCCGCGAACCUUCUCCCGCACGGCCGCCCGCGUCUAAGCGCACCGCGGGGUUUCCUGCAGGACCGCGGGCGCGCGCGGCCUCGGGACUCGGUGACGUUUGAGGACGUGGCCGUGCGCUUCAGCGGCGGAGAGUGGCGGCGUCUGACCCGCGCUCAGCGGCGCCUCUACGCGGCCGUCAUGCUGGACAACUACGGGCUCGUGGUCUCGCUCGGCUUCGCUGGCCCCAAGCCGCCUCUCAUCUCCUGUCUGGAGCGGGGCACCGAGCCCCGCGUUCGCGAUCUGCAGGACUGGGGGCUCCUGAGCUGCUCCUUCCCAGUGUCAGCGGACCGGACCCGGCCCGGGACUGAGAGGGCAAGUUCAGAGCAGGAGGUGUCUGAGGGUGGGGAAGUCGGCGGCGUCCUGUCCGGGCACCCUGAGGCUGGAGGAGCUUGUGUCCAGGAUGUCAAGUCGGAGAACGCACGGGACCCGGCCGGGGUGGAGACGCUGGGAGAGGAGAAGGGGACCCUCGAGGAAAGAAGGGCCCGGGCGGUGCUCGCCAACAACUUGAGCGCAGACUCCAAGUGCACCCCACGCACCCGAGCCCUGACCGCACGGAGCCCCCGCCCAGGUGCCGCGCGUGGCCAUACCUUCCCGCUUCUCCACGGGCGCGUCCGUGCUGGCGAGAAGCCCCACGCGUGUCACGAGUGCGGGAAAGCGUUCAAGACCAGAAAGCAGCUGCGUGUGCACCGCGUCACGCACACGGGGGAGAAGCCCUUCCGCUGCGCGCAGUGCGGGAAGGCCUUCAGCAGCCCGUCGGCGCUCUGCCGGCACCGCAAGGCGCACGGCGGGGAGAGGCCGCACGGCUGCGGCGCGUGCGGAAAGGCCUUCGGCAGCGCGAGCCGGCUGCAGCGGCACCAGCGGGUCCACAGCGGCGAGCGGCCGCACGAGUGCGCGGUGUGCGGCAAGGCCUUCCGCUUCCGGCACUGCCUCACCCUGCACGGCCGCACGCACACCGGGGAGCGGCCGUACGCGUGCGGGCAGUGCGGCAGGGCCUUCCGCGGCAGCUCGGACCUCGCCAAGCACGGCCGGAUCCACAGCGGCGAGCGGCCGUACCCGUGCCGCGCGUGCGGGAGGGCCUUCCGCCGCAGCUCCGACCUGCGCAAGCACGCGCGGACGCACGCGCGGGAGCCGGCCGCGGGCUGCCCCCAGUGCUGCGGCCGCGCUGGGCCGCACCGCCCCCCGACGGCCUACGCCCCCGAGAAGCCCUACCCGUGUGGGCGGUGCGGCCGCGCCUGCGGCCCCCGGGGCCGGCGCGGGGCUCCCGAGCGCGCGCGCCGGGGCGAGAAGGCGCACCCGUGCGCGCACUGCGGCAAGGCCUUCCACGAUCGGCACGGCCUGGCCGUGCACCAGCGGCUGCACACCGGCGAGAAGCCGUUCUCCUGCCCCGAGUGCGGGAGGGCCUUCCGCGGGAAGUCCAACCUGACCAACCACCGGCGGAUCCACACCGGCGAGAAGCCGUACGCGUGCGAGGCGUGCGGGAAGGCCUUCCACCACCGCUCGGGCCUGACGCAGCACCGCCGGAUCCACAGCGGGGAGAAGCCCUACCCCUGCCGCGAGUGCGGCGCCGCCUUCCGCCAGCGCGCCGCCCUGGUCGGGCACCAGCGGGUGCACACCGGGGAGAAGCCCUACGCGUGCGAGCAGUGCGGGAAAGCCUUCAGGGUGAGCGCGAACCUCACGGGACACAAGAAGAGGCGACAUCGAGGGUGGCGAGGCCACGCGCCUGGGGAGGGUGAGAAGGGCCCUUCCCCGGGACCUGUCCCACCUCCUCCGUAGGCGGGGUUUGACCCGCAGCCCUGUGGGUGCCGGCUUUGUUGGUGCUUUCUGUUCUCCUUCCGCCCCGAGCCUGGUUCUUCCCGGCUUGCUGCCCCCGACUGAGCUCCCCGGAGCCUGACCGCCCUGGGCAGUGUUGGGGCGAGCACCUGCACUGCCAAUCGGGAAUGCCAGUCAGUAAUGAUAGCAGGUGUCGCCUAGCCUCGGAGCACGCCAGCCACUCUUCUAAGGGCUGUGCAGUGCCAACUCGUUGACUGCAUAAAACAUCUCUACAGGACGGGGAAAUUAGGGCAUAAAAAGAUGAAACCUGCUCGGGAGGUUCUGCAUAACCACCCACCCCCGCCCUGCCAGGCUCCGGUCUGCACCCCGACAAGACGCUUGCAACACAUCUCUUAGAUGUGUGGUUAACAGCUCAGCACGGGGCACGUUUUAGUUCAUAAAAUAUUGAUCAAUUUUAGCAAGGUUUUGGUUUUGUUUUAACUUAAAGACUGCAUGGUACUUUUCCAUGCGGGCUCAGAAUUGCUGAGACCGGGAUGGGAAAAGAAGACAGGACGGGGCAGAUUUAGAAAUCAUAGAUAAGUGGGAUCUAGCUAUGCGCUGCCCCAGUAACAAUUUACAUAUGGAAAGACCAUGAAGCCCAUCUCACUUUGUUAUAAAUACAUCAAAAUAUCACUGUGUUGAUUUCUUAAAA